AUGUUGAUGAGAGGACGGGCUCGGACAAUACUUUUAAUUGUUGUACUUAUGGGUUGUACUUAUGAGUUAUACAUGCUUAUUUCGGCUUCUGCACUAUUUUCUGCCUUCAGUGUAGUUCGAUAUAAUGUUGUCAUAUUACCCGGACAAAAAAUGGGUAAUUUGUCGAAAUACUCACCACUCAUUUUCAUUGGAGGUGUUCCACGAUCGGGAACAACACUGAUUCGUGCUAUGUUGGAUGCACAUCCUUCCGUGCGAUGUGGUGAAGAGACACGUGUAAUACCACGCAUUCUGGGACUUAGGACACAAUGGAAAAAGAGUCAAAAGGAAUGGAAUCGAUUAAAAGAAGCGGGUGUCACUGAUGAAGUAAUCAAUGACGCUAUCUCAUCAUUUAUAUUACAAGUAAUAGCAGGUCAUGGUGAACCUGCUGAAAGACUUUGCAAUAAGGAUCCUUUCACGAUGAAGUCAGCAGAAUAUCUUGCUCAUCUAUUCCCAAACAGCAAAUUUUUAUUGAUGAUAAGGGAUGGCCGUGCGACUGUUCAUUCUAUCAUAUCUCGUCAGGUAACCAUUACAGGUUUCGACCUUAGCGAUCCGAGACAGUGUUUGGAUAAAUGGAAUCACGCCAUCAAGACAAUGUAUGAGCAAUGUAAAACAGUAGGCCAAAAACGAUGCUUAACUGUUUAUUAUGAGCAGUUAGUACUUCAUCCGGAACAACAGUUGCGUCAUGUUCUUAAUUUCUUAGAUAUUCCAUGGAGUGAUUUAGUACUUCACCACGACAAACUGAUCGGUAAAGAUAUUUCGUUGUCAAAAGUUGAAAGAUCCACCGAUCAGGUCAUUAAACCAGUGAAUCUGGAUGCAUUAACUAAAUGGGUUGGUACGUUUAGUGAGGAUAUUGUACAGGAAAUGGCAUCUAUAGCACCAAUGUUGGCCCAACUUGGAUAUGAUCCAAAUGCCAAUCCGCCUAAAUAUGGUGAGCCUGAUCCAAUUGUAUUGAAGAAUACUGAUGAGUUACAUAUGAACUUCGGAGAAUGGGAGCGUAGAGCGAAAGAAAUAGUUGACCCAGCAGCAGCUGCUGCCCCACGUUCUCCACUUGCUCGGUGA